AUGACUACAAAUAUCGCAGAGUCUGUAAAUGCCCUUUUCAGGCACGUCAGUAAGUUGCCGGUUACCGCCUUACUUGACCACAUUAGAGGUACGGGAAGGCAACCUGACGAGAUUGUUGAUUUGAAUGCUAUGACGUGUAGUUGUCGGGAGUUUGAUUACUUUAAGAUUCCAUGCUCUCAUGCCAUUGUCAGGGCAAUGAUGCGAAAUAUAAAUCCAUACAGUCUGUGCGACGAGGCAUAUACGACGAACUCCUGGAUAUUAGCUUAUGCAGAACCCAUAUUUCCAGUCGGACACGUCUCAACAUGGAAUAGUUCGCCAGAGUUUGUCAACAUACCGGUGAAACCACCGAAGACUGUUCCAAGAGUUGGGAGGAGGAAGACGGCUAGGAUUCCUUCCACGGGCGAGGUACGACAAACACGUAAGUGUAGUCGCUGUGGUGCGUGGGGACAUAAUCGCAAAACAUGUAGUGAACCCCUUACCAUAUUGUGA